AUGGGCAUGUUCUGCGAGUCUUACUUUAUCUUCUCCAUUGGUAAUAUCACACCCAUCUUCCAGGAGACCUACAAGGACUGCUACAAGCAGCACAAGACCUGCAGCGAAGGCCUGAUCAAUGCUGAGACUUACGUCCAGGUCAGCGGUAUCAUCGUGGGCAUGCUGCUCAUGGGCUUCAUCGCCGACCAGAUUGGCCGCAAGUGGGGCUCUGUGCUCACCGCCGCCUUCAUGUUUGUGGGAGGCAUCAUGCUGACUGCCUCCAACGGCGUCACCAUCCAAGGCUGGGCCAUCAUGUUUGCCAUCUCCCAGUUCAUCUUCGGCUACGGUGUGGGUGGAGAGUACCCGCUGGCAUCCUCCAGUGCUGCUGAGCGCGCCGAGGCCAGCAAGGCCCUGCGCUUCCGCCGCGGAGAGAUGGUCGUGUGCACCUUCAGCAUGCAGGGAUGGGGUAACGUGGUGAACACAGCCGUGCUCUGCCUGCUGCUGGCUGCCUUUGGCCAGACCGGCAGCAAGUACAACCACUAUGCUCUGGACGCUGUCUGGCGUAUCUCCUUCGGCGUGGGCCUCGUCCCCGUCACUGCCAUGCUCAUCUACCGUCUGUUCUUCCUUCAGGAGUCCAAGGUCUGGAAGAAGCAGAACAAGCCUGCUGCGAUUGCAGUGCGCGAGCAGCAGGUGCUGUGGUACUACUACUGGCACAGGCUGGCCGGCUGCGCUCUGUCCUGGUUCUUCUGGGAUGUGUCCUUCUACGGCAACAAGCUGUUCCAGUCCACCUUCAUCAAGAUCCUGUACCCGGGCGCCUCCAUCCUGACCACCCUCGAGUGGACCCUGCUCAACUCCUCUGUCUCCCUGGUCGGCUACUACUUCUCUGCCUUCACCGUUGACAAGCUCUGGAUGGGCCGCGUCAGGCUGCAGUGCAUGGGCUUCAUGAUGGUGUUCAUCCUGUUCCUGAUCUGCGCUGCCGCCUACGACCCGCUGGUGAAGAACGCCAUCAAGUGGUUCCAGGCCCUCUACUUUUUGUCCUCCUUCUUCGGCCAGUUUGGGCCCAACGCCACCACAUGGCUGCUGCCUGGUGAGGUGUUCCCCACCGACAUCCGCGCCACAUGCCACGGCAUCUCUGCCGCCACCGGCAAGGUCGGCGCGCUCGUUGCCGGCAUCUGGUUUGCCUACCUCACAAACGCCAACAAGUUCUACGUGGCCGCAUUCUUCAAUCUGGCUGGUCUGGUGUUCACGGUGCUCUUCGUGCCCAACAUCAUGACGCUGGACCUGCGCGAGGGCGACCGCCGCUUCGACGCACUCAUGGCGGGCAAGCAAGAGAACUACACCGGCGACGCCACCCACCCCAAGAACCUGUCCUUCUUCGAGCGCUACGUCCUCAAGUACGGCCGCUUUUACAACGCCGGCGCCGACGCGAAGGCCCGCAAGGAGGAGGGCCUCCGCAGCUCCGGCUCUCUGCCCGCCGGCCAGGCCUGAGCCUACGGUCAUCAAUGACGUGGACGCCACGUCAUCGACAGAGCCGUGAUGUCAGCAAUGUGACUUGGCGGGAGGGAGUGCGAGGCAAAUUCGUCUGCCCGGACGCAUGGCGGUCGUGAGCGAUGCUCGGCAGCUCCAACAUUGUGGAGGUGUGAGGAUACGCGCGGGUGCAGGUUCAUUUUUUUUUGUGGCUGUGAGCUGCACUGCAGCGCGGGAGUCGCUCCUGUGCUUGCUGGGCAUGACACAAACUUUUAGUAUCCUUAGAUUGUAGGAGUAGUAUGUCGCUUGCGCAGCAGUGGUGCAGCGGGUGUGGGACAGGUAGUGCGCAGCGAAGCUGUGCAGGGUGCAUGAAGGAUAUUGUCCUGAUCGGUAGAUUCAAUUGAUGGCACAGGUGCUGCAGCUUGUUAUAGUGCAGUUGCACUGUGAAGUAUGCAAGCAGCUUGAUAUUGCAAGCGGGUCCGCCUUGCCUGAGUCUGAUGGAGCGACCAAGCGCAGCAUAAUGGUCGAACGCCUGAAACCCAGCUUUCCAGAUGAUUAAUUCGGUAGAUGCCCCUUGCUGAGGAAGCAGAGGGAUCACUCUGUCCUUUGGGCCAAGGGCAAAGGCUUUGGCCACAUGCAUGGCCCUUAUCUAUACACCGCAUUUCCAAUUCUUGGAUAGCAUAGUGGGUAGAUAUCCUCAUAAGUCCAUGUGUAAAAGACUUUGAUCCAGUCAAA